GUGAAGGGGAAGAAAUGAUUGACAUCGAGCAAACUGAACCUUUUAGACAAGUAUCUGAUUCUAUUUCUGAUUCUGAAAAUGAAGUCUUGGAUGAAAAUGCCACAGUAGAAUCACCCAGCACCAUGGAAUUGUUAACAUAAAGACCAACCAAAGAGGAUUUUUAUUCAGAAUCGUUCAAUGGCUUAAAUAUUUCGAUUGAUAAAACUAGUAAUUCACACGUCUCAGCAAUUGGAGUUACAGCUCCAACGAAUUACAAUGAUGGUGAUGAAGUUUCUGGGAAAACCACUACUGCUUUCACAUCACACCUGGAGGAUCUUAUUGAUAGAGCUCUUGAGCUUGGAUCUGCUACUGUAUAUGCGAAAAAUUAUGGACUCCAGUCUUCCCAAGGGGAAUCAGGGGAAGAACAAACCAAGGAGCAAAUAAAGAGAGAAAAACCUUAUAUUUCCAAAGCUGAAAGAAGAAAGAUUAAGAAGGGUAAGAAAGAUAAUACUGAAGGUGCUUCCAUUUACCAUGAAAAAGAAGUGGAAGAAAAUUGUGCUGAAAAAGAUAAUACUGAAGUUGAGACUGUUGACCUUGAAAAACAAGAGGUGGAAGAAAAUCAUGACACCACAAGUUACCCUGAUAAAAAUGUUAAAAAAAUCGAAGCCAAAUGGUGCCAAAAUUAGUCGUGGACAGAGAGGUAAACUGAAGAAGAUAAGGGAGAAGUAUGCAGAUCAAGAUGAGGAGGAGCGAAGCAUCCGAAUUGCUUUGUUGGCUAUAAGUAUUGCUAAGUUAUAAUUCAUCAAAUCCAGCUACUAGGUUUGGAUUGUAGUAUUGUAAGAUUCUAUCAAAUACAAUGAUAACUUGAACUUAAUUGCUUUGUCCCAAAAAAAAAUCUGAAAAACGAGCUAUAUAAAAAGUUCAAUAUGCACACAUCUAUAUAUAUGAUGUUAGAAAGUUCCCUUCCCCCUUUGAAUUGAGGUUCUGGUUAUACUAAAAGAGAAGGGAAUUAUGGUCAUCAAUAACUUGCAAAGAAACAGGUAAUCUUAUUACUGGUACCUUAUGAGUUGCUGAUAUAUUGAUCUUACAAUUAAUCUACAGCUUGCUGGGAGAUCGAAAAAGAACAAUGUGAUGUCUGAGGAUGAAAAGCCCACUCCAUAAAGGAAAAGCAACUACCAAAACUGGAGAUGCUUCAAAAAUUUGUUACAAAUGUAAAAAGGCAGGUCAUUAGUCUCAAGAUUGUCUAGAGCAGCCCGAUGAAACGGUGCUUAAUAAUGCAAGUAGUAGAGGGGACAAGGCUUCCAAUGGGAUGGAAAGGGUGACCAUGGAAGAAGAUGAUAUUCAUGAGAUUGGUGAAGAAGAGAAAGGGAAAUUAAAUGAUGUGGAUUACUUGACUGGAAAUUCGCUGCCUAAUGAUAUCUUAUUGUACGCAGUACCUGUCUGUGGUCCUUACAGUGCUGUACAAUCAUAUAAAUAUCGAGUCAAAAUUCCAGGAACAUUAAAGAAAGGAAAAGCGGCAAAGGCAGCCAUUAAUUUAUUUAAUCACAUACCGGAGGCUACAGGCAGAGAGAAGGAAUUAAUGAAGGCUUGUACAGAUCCUGAGCUUGUUGCUGCUAUUAUUGGUAAUGUGAAGAUUUCAGCAACAGGCCUCACUCAGCUUAAGCAAAAGCAGAAGAGAAGCAAGACAACAAACGGGGGAGAUAGCUAAUUAAGCUUUGUUCAUAAGUGCCUCUUAUGUUGAAUGCCUUUAUAGGCAGUCAAAAAUGAAGAUACACAUUCAAAGGACUGGAAUAUUGUAUGUAUCCACGCAGAAGUUUACACACAAAAUCUGGGAGUCUAUUGAAGAAUUUGACUGCUAGAGAUAAGAUUCUCAUUGCAUUAUGAA